AUGGCAGUAAGAAAGACACAAAACAAGAAAGAAGAAACAAAUAUUAAGAAACAGGAGGAGACUCAUGCAGAGGAAGCUUCUAAGACAGUAGACUCCGAGGAGCAGACUGUGUCCGAGAACACCAGCAACGACUCAGCAGAAGACGCAACUGAGUCCCCAACUGAAACCGGAUCCGAAGAGGAGCAAGAGUCGGGCUCUGGAUCCGAGGAAGAGUCUGAGGAGUCUGUUAAGGAAGAGAAGAAGGAGGAGCCAGAAGAGACCAAGGAUGAGAGAACAAUCUUCAUCAAGGGACUUAACUUCAGCGCCACAGAAGACGAAUUAAAGGAGCUGUUCGGCCAGUUCGGAGAAAUCGUCGAGGUGAGAAUCCCAAGAAGCAGAGAUGGGCCAGGCGGCAAAGGCUUUGGAUACGUUGAGUUUGAGAGCAAGGAGGCAUGCGAGAAGAGCAGAAGCUUAAACGGAACCGACUACAAUGGAAGAACCAUCGUUGUAGACAUGGCCAGAUCUGGACAGAAGGGAGGAGCUGCAGGAACAGAAGGCAGAGUUUUCAACAAGACAGACGACAACACAGUUUUCCUAGGAAAUAUUCCAUUUGACGUCGACCACGACGAUCUAUUAGCCCACCUAAAGACAUACGCAGAGGUAACCCAGAUCAGAAUCCCAGAGGACAGAGAGACCGGAAGACCAAAAGGAUUUGCAUUUGCAUCCUGCGAGACACCUGAGGAGGCACGUAAACUUAUUAACUCAAACAUAACUUACAUGGAUAGAGCAAUCAGAGCUCAGCCCUCAGAGAGAAAGAACAACUCAGCACCAAGAGGCGGAAACUCAUUUGGAAGAAGAGACAACAACUCAUUUGGAAGAAGGGACAACUCUGACAGAUCAUCUGGCUUUGGAAACAAGAGAGCAUGGUCAUCUGAGAACAGCAGCAACAAGAAACAUGUGAAAUUUGAAUAA